AUGGUGCAGAGAUCCAAUCUGGAGAUCGGAGUCACGGUGGAGACACCUAGAUCCGCCGGCGACAGCGUGGGAGUUCGACGGAAGUGCACCAUCGCCAGAGCGGACCUCAAUCGUUUCUUGGAUUUAUGGACAAGCUUUGCUGGUGUUGGGGUUGAGGAGAAAGAGGUCGUGGAGAUCGUUGGAGAGGUUGAGGAGCUAGUGGCAUUGGAAGAGGAGAAGGAGAAGAGUGAGGAAGGUGAGAACUUGGAGAAUCAUACUAAGUUUCUAGUUGAAGAGACAAAGGAGAAAGAGAAUGUAGUUGCGGAGGAGAUAGACAGAGAUGAAUUAGGAGAAAACUUUAGAUUAAAGCUGAAAAGAGUCAAAGCUCAUCAUUUUCAUCCUCUUGCUCUCAUCUCCAACUCCUUGCUCUCUUCGAUCGCCCGGAGACUCCAUCCUUGCCCGGGGUCCAUUGCCAUCCCCAAGUCCUUCCAUGGUUUGAGGUACAGCUUUGCAUGUCCUCGGUCUCCCCACUUGACCUCCACCCAGAGACGUUCCUUGAAUCGAAGCUUCGUCGUCAAAGCCUGCUCGCUGCCGUUGGUUGGGAAUUCGGCACCAGAUUUUGAGGCUGCAGCUGUUUUUUAUCAGGAGUUCAUCAAGAUUUACAGAACCAGUAGUAAUAUGGCAGAUUUACAUAACCUAAAUGAGGUAGAAGUCAGGUCUUCUAGUUUUGAAGCCUCAAAUAAAGAGAAGGAAAAAAUGGUAGAUAUGGAGGAUUUACAUUGUGAAAAUAUUAUUCCAAAGGCAGGCAUGGUUUUUUAUUCUGAAGAAGAAGUUUACGAUUUUUAUGUUAAGUAUGCUCAGCAAGAGGGGUUUGGCAUUACAAAAAGAACAACAAAAUCAGGAGAAGAUGGAAAAAUCAAAUAUUACACACUUGCAUGUGUACGUGGUGGUAAAAGAAUAUCUACUGCAAAAAAUUCUUUCAAUCCUAGGCUAUCCACCAAAACGAACUGUCAAGCUAGGAUUAAUGUUAUUGUUGGUAAUGAUGGGUGUUGUACUAUUUCUCGUACUCAUUUUGAGCAUAAUCAUGCACUAAGUCCCCAAAAAUCUCGAUUUCAAAAAUGCAAUAAAAAAUUGGAUGCAUAUGUGAAGAGAAGGCUUGAAUUAAAUGACCAAGCAGGUAUUGGUUUGAGUAAAAAUUUUCAUUCUUUAGCGGUUGAAAGUGGUGGGUUUGAAAAUCUAACAUAUACAGAAAAAGAUUGUCGAAACUAUAUUGCAAAAGCAAGACAGUUCAGGCUUGGUGUUGGGGAUGCAGAAGCUCUCGGCAAUUAUUUUUCUCGCAUGCAAAGGAGAAAUUCAAAUUUUUUUCAUUUGAUUGAUAUGGAUGAGGAAGGUAGACUACGAAAUGUGUUUUGGGCAGAUGCAAGAUCUAUAGUAGCCUAUGAAUCUUUUGGUGAAGUUAUAUCAUUUGACACAACAUACCUAACAAAUAAGUAUGAUAUGCCUUUUGCUCCAUUUGUUGGAGUAAAUCACCAUGGGCAAACUAUACUAUUUGGAUGUGGUUUGUUAUCAAAGGAAGAUACAGAAACUUAUAUUUGGUUGUUUAGAACAUGGUUAGAAUGCAUGUCAGGCAAGGCUCCUAAGGCAAUAAUUACAGAUCAGUGUAUGGCUAUUCAAGGUGCAGUUAGGGCAGUUUUUCCAAAUUCUUAUCAUCGUCUUUGUCUUUGGCAUAUUAUGAAAAAGGUCCCUGAGAAGCUUGGGGGGCUAACACAGUAUAAAGAAAUAAAGAAAGUUUUGAAAAGUAUUGUUUAUGAGGCACAACAUACUGAAGAAUUUGAAGAUAUUUGGUUGAAGAUGAUUAAGGAUUAUAAGAUUGAAAAAAAUGAGUGGCUGAAUUCUUUAUACAUGAAUCGUCAACGAUGGGCUCCGGUGUAUGUUAAAGGAGUUUUUUGGGCUGGAAUGUCUACAACCCAAAGAAGUGAAAGUAUAAAUGCUUUUUUUGAUGGUUAUGUUGGUCCAACAACAUCUCUCAAACAAUUUAUGGAGCAAUAUGAUAAUGCAUUAAAAAGUAAGAUCGAGAAAGAAAACAAGGCUGAUUUUGCUUCAUUCAAUACAAGCUUUCCGAUGUUAACUGAUUGUCAUUUUGAGAAGCAACUACAAGAAACCUACACCAAUGAAAUUUUUAAGUUGUUCCAAGAUGAUUUACGGGGAAUGUUAUAUUGCAAUCUCGCAUUUACCAAUUCAGAUGGGCAAACAUGCACAUUUCAAGUGACUGACAUUUUUAGAGGGAAAGAUGGCAGACUCAGGAGGCAAGUGGCAUUUAACAUUUCUUACAACGAGAUUGAAUUUGAUAUCAAAUGUUCAUGUCGUCUUUUUGAAUUUAAAGGAAUUUUGUGUAGACAUAUAUGCAAAGUUCUUAUUGAAAAGAAUGUGAAAGAGAUUCCAUCUCGAUAUAUUUUACCCCGGUGGAGAAAAGAUACUAAACGGAGGCAUACUUAUGUGAGGAAUUGUUAUGAUGAUGCACAAACCAAUGAACAAAAAGCACGUUACAGCAAAUUAUGUUCUCAUUUUUCUAAAGCUGCUGAAAUUGCCAUAGAAUCCAAUGAAAAAUAUCAUUUCUUGAUGAAAUCUGUGGACGUCGCAAUAGACAAGCUUAUGGAUGAUACAAACUAUUGGGAGAGCCAUUCAGAUCAAAUGUAA